UCACUUUAGCAUUUCUGCUUUAUUUUUCCCCCCAUGUUUUCUACAGGCAAACUAGAUAUCUCAGUAAUAAUGGCUCUCACUGUGGUUCCCUGUGUACACACAGUACAAGCUGAACAUUUCAUUCAAGUUUUUAUACAAAAACUUGGUUUUUGUAUAAAAAGCUGUGGUUCCCUGGGGAGUCUCACAGCUUUAAAAAAUGCCAGACUGUUAGAUCUCAAUUUGUUUUUGUUUUGUUUCUCAUUUGUUCCUGAGUUUCCUUGGACCUCUUCAUGAUGUCUCAUGUCAUGAUCAUGAGGAUCCUUUGGUCUACUCCACUUUGUCAAGCAGGUCCUAUUUAAGUGAUUUCUUGAUUAAGUAAUCUGGUGUGGCAGUAAUCAGGACUGGGUGUGGCAAGAGAAAUUAAACUCAGCUUUCCAAAGAUGUGAUACACCACAGUUAACAUAUAUUAUAACGGGGAGGGCAAUCACUUUUUAACACAGGGCCAUUUAGGGUUGGAUUUUUCCCCUCACUUAAUAAUAAACACCUUUCUUUAAAAAAACUGCAUUUUGUGUUUCCUUGUUUUAUCUAAUAAUUACAUUUGUUUGACAAUCUGAAACAAUUGUGAGCAAUGUUUGUCAAAAAAGUGUGACAAACAUAAAAAAAAUAGGAUAUCGGGAAGGUGGAAACCCUUUUUCACAUUUUUAGAAGAUUUUUAGUAGACAUCAAAAGUCCUACAAACAUUAAGUUAUGCAUUUUUUCCUAUAGUUUUGUUUAAAUAGUUGUGUAAAAUGGAAAAAAAAAUACCUUUCACCUGAAUUUUUGCAACUUUUUCCUUCUCACUUUGUAUCUAGAAAUGAGUAGCAUUAGGCAGAGAGCAUGUUCUUUCCAUUUCCCCUGUAACAAAAUUGCAGCAGUGCGGUUUCUGAUGACAUAAGGAAAGAAGGUCCACCUCCAGCCACAUAAAGGAAGCUGCUCACACACAGACUGCCACUCAACUUGCAGUGCAACAAGUGACACUAAUUACUUAAAACGUUGCGAAACCUGGACAGAGAACUUUAAAAAAAAUCCCAAUUCAGCAAUUUACUUCGCAACGAUGUGUGAUAUUGAUCUCUCUCAAGCUCUGGACUGCUCACCUGAAGAAGCAAUUAAAUCCACCUGCUUUGACAUGAAGGAGGUUGAAAGUGAGAUCUUCAGACUUAAUGAGGGUUUGGAGCUGAUGGUUUCCCACAACAGAAGGACCAUGCAGAGUGUGGCUCUUUUAGUGCUGGGGGUAAACAGGAUGAAAAAGCCACUUACUCAAAGUGACAGGAAGCUCAGUGAUGAUGAUGUCAUGAACAUCAUAGACAGUGUAGUGAAAGAAACUGUUUGGCCUCCCACCAAAGGAACAAAACGAAGGGACUUCCUGCGUGCCAACAGUGAGAAAGCGUUGACACUGUGUGACAACUCUCAGAAAGAUCUUGUCCUGUCAGGAGAGUUACAGCUGCAGGCCAUCACUCUGCAAGGGGGAAAUUGCCACCGCAAAGUGAAUUUUAAAAUGUCGCGGUACAUCCCUUCCGUCCCUCCUGGUGACUCUCCUGGUCUGAUUGUCGUCCUGUCUAUCAACAACAACCUGUACAUGUCUUGCCGCAUGGAAGACGAUAAAGUUGUGCUGUUUCUGGAGCAAUACCAUGAUGACAUUUUAACUGACAGAGACAUGGAGCGAUUUCUCUUCUACAGGAAAACCACUGGAAUUUCUCUGACCACUUUUGAGUCUGUCAAGUUCCGCGGCUGGUACAUCAGCACUUCACAACAGGAAAACCAGCCCGUUGAACUGUGUAAGGUGGAUGCUGCCAGUCGUCUUACAAACUUCAGAGUAAACUAAAAGAUGUUGUAGGACCCGUGCAUCCACAUGAUUUUUGACAUAAUCACUAGAUGAAGCAAUUAUAUAUAGUAUUGCCUGAGUCUGUAGUGGCAGUGCUCUGUACUUAUUGAAGUAGAAAAGCUAACGAUCCAGUGUAACCUAUCAAAAGCACUAUUACUUUAUAAUACCUUUACUUACAACAUACUUAAAAAUAAACAAAGAAAAAAAAAAACUAGAAAACACAUGCCUUCUUUGUUGGAGAAAACUGUAACAGGAUAUUCCUUAAAACUACUGAUAUAUUUUCUUUUUUUCUAAAAAGCUAUUAUUUUCUAUUUGAGUUUAUGCUAUUGCUGUGGCUUUUUAGCUGUUAAUGUUCUGAUUUAAGUCUUCUGCAGUUUUUUUGUACUAAGACCUUUAGAGGUUAAGCUUUUCAUUUUCUGAUAUCUGCUGGUGUUGUGGGUUAAAAAAAUACUGUUAUGUAUUUAUUUUUUGAAUUUCCUCCUUGUUAGCUUGUAUUUUGUAUUUUUUUAAAACCUCUUUUUGUGAAGAGUCUGUAUAUCUUUAAGAACUUGUAAUAUGUCUUCUCUAACCAGUGUAAGGAUUUUCAGUACCAUAUUAAAACAAGCCAGUGUCCGGCA